AUGGAGUUUACGGAAUUGUUAAAAAAGUUUUCUCAAAAUUCUAAGAAAUCCAUUUGCAUAUCAAGAUUUGAUUCCCCUAUUGGAAAAAUAGUUGCAGUAGGUGAUGAUGACUUCCUAUAUGCUGUAGUUUUUGAAGACUCAAAAAACCUAGAGAAAGAAUUACGCGUUAUUGCUGAUAAUUUAUCAUGUAGUUUUGUAGAAAAUAAAAGUAAGAUUCUAGAGCAGUUCGAGGAUGAAAUCAAAGAUUACUUCGAUGGGAAUUUACGAAAGUUUACAGUUCCUAUAAAAACUUUUGGAACUGAUUUUCAAAAGGAAGUUUGGAAACACCUCCUGGAACUGCCGUAUGGUUCUACAGAGACCUAUGGUUCACUCGCCAAGAACAUGGGUAGGGCAGCAAGCCAUUCUCGAGCUAUUGGUGCAGCUUGUGGUGCAAAUGCCCACCUUAUAAUAAUACCAUGCCAUCGUUUAGUCGCUUCUGCUUCUAAAGGAGGAUUUAGUUGUGGCAUUAACCGCAAGGAAUGGUUGAUAGAACAUGAGAAGAAAUUUGUUGAGAUAUGA